UACGACGCCUCGUUUUCACAAAGUGUCCUGGGCGAUGUGCGUCCUCGCUGUCUGCCGCGGUGUGAAGCAUCUGACUUGAGCUGCGCAAUUAAAAGCGAAUUUUAAAUGAGCUCUAUUGCGCACAUUUCGGAUCCGUCGGGAGUGGCAGGGAUCCUGGCUGUGCUGUCCUGUGGAGCACACCUGACUGACCUUCUCCCACACUUGGCUUCUGGACUCUUAUUUUCUUGGCCAUGGCUACUUCUGACAUCCAAGUGAAGGAGCUGGAGAAGCGAGCCUCUGGGCAGGCCUUUGAGCUGAUCCUGAGCCCCCGCUCGAAAGAAGCCGUGCCAGAGUUCCCUCUGUCUCCCCCAAAGAAGAAGGAUGUGUCGUUGGAAGAGAUCCAGAAGAAGUUGGAAGCGGCAGAGGAGAGGCGCAAGUCCCACGAGGCAGAAGUGCUGAAGCAGCUGGCAGAGAAGAGGGAGCACGAGAAGGAGGUGCUGCAGAAAGCCAUCGAGGAGAACAACAACUUCAGCAAAAUGGCAGAGGAGAAGCUGACCCACAAAAUGGAAGCCAACAAAGAGAACCGUGAGGCACAAAUGGCUGCCAAGCUGGAGCGCUUGCGGGAGAAGGACAAGCAUGUGGAAGAGGUUCGAAAGAACAAAGAAGGGAAAGACCCUGGCGAGGCCGAGACCGACUGACUCCGUUCUGGAAACUGAUUCUCCCCCUCCUCCAAAUAUCCAAAGACUGUACUGGCCAGUGGUUUUAUCUUUGGUUUUGGUUCGGUUAUAUAUAUAUUUUUUUUUUAAGUUUCUUAGAAACUGAUGUAGAACUGUAAAAUUAGAUCCAAACUGUACACUUGCUUUGGGGGCUAGAGGGGAGAUCUUCCAUGUGUCACUUUUCUAAAGUGUUGUCUUUCCAGUGUAGCUUUUUCUUCUCGUUGCAUCCUUUUCUACGCCAGUGCACUCGCUCCUGGGUUGAUGGCAAGUACUGUAUCAGCUCUGUAAGACCUUUGUGCAAGGAAUCUGUAGUAACUGUUCCAUGCUGAAUAUCUGUUACACUUCAAACAAAACUCUCUGACUGUCCAGUCUGCUAAAAUACUGCUGUAACCGAGUGACUCAAUAAAGCUGCACAGUGCUGUUA